GCUGCGCUAGUGCCUGUAACCGGAAGUGAAACCCGCUGCUACUGCUGUUGGGUGGGUGAAGCACUUGAUUCAGAAAGUUGGGCUGCCUCUGACGGCUCCUGGGCUUUAAGAAAUGGACAGCCAAGGACGAAAAGUGGUAGUUUGCGACAACGGUACAGGGUUUGUCAAAUGUGGCUAUGCAGGAUCCAACUUUCCAGAGCAUAUUUUUCCAGCACUGGUGGGCAGACCCAUCAUCCGAUCCACAGCCAAAGUGGGCAACAUUGAGAUUAAGGAUUUGAUGGUGGGAGAUGAGGCGAGUGAACUGCGCUCAAUGCUGGAGGUUAACUAUCCCAUGGAGAAUGGCAUUGUCAGGAACUGGGACGACAUGAAACACCUGUGGGAUUACACUUUUGGACCAGAGAAGCUCAACAUUGAUUCACGCAAUUGCAAGAUCCUCCUUACAGAACCUCCAAUGAACCCCACCAAAAACCGUGAGAAGAUCAUAGAGGUCAUGUUUGAGACGUACCAGUUUUCAGGGGUUUACAUCGCCAUCCAGGCUGUGCUAACACUGUAUGCUCAAGGCCUUCUGACAGGGGUGGUGGUGGAUUCGGGCGAUGGUGUGACCCACAUUUGUCCCGUUUAUGAGGGAUUUUCUCUGCCUCACCUGACAAGAAGGUUGGACAUUGCAGGCAGAGACAUUACACGCUAUCUUAUUAAGCUGCUCCUUUUGCGAGGUUACGCCUUCAACCACUCGGCAGAUUUCGAGACGGUGCGCAUGAUGAAGGAGAGUCUCUGCUACGUGGGAUACAACAUCGAGCAGGAGCAGAAGCUGGCUCUGGAGACCACUGUACUGGUGGAGUCCUACACGCUUCCCGACGGUCGGGUUAUUAAGGUUGGGGGCGAGCGGUUCGAGGCCCCGGAGGCUCUCUUUCAGCCUCACCUCAUUAACGUGGAAGGGGUCGGGGUGGCCGAACUUCUCUUUAACACCAUUCAGGCAGCAGACAUUGAUACAAGGGCUGAGUUCUAUAAACACAUUGUUUUAUCAGGAGGAUCCACCAUGUACCCUGGUCUGCCCUCUCGACUAGAGAGGGAACUUAAACAGCUUUAUCUUGAACGUGUACUAAAGGGUGAUGUCAACAAACUCUCUAAAUUCAAGAUCCGGAUCGAGGACCCUCCCCGGCGUAAGCACAUGGUGUUCUUGGGUGGGGCGGUGCUGGCUGACAUCAUGAAAGACAAGGACAACUUCUGGCUGACGCGGGAAGAGUAUCAAGAGAAGGGUGUACGCGUUCUGGAGAAGCUCGGCGUCACAGUCAGAUAAACGGUUCUCGUAAGGCCGCGCCGCUGACUUCCGCAUCUGUCGAACGACCUGUUUUACGUUGCUCGUUUCUUUUGUUCAUCCUCUUCUGCCAAUAAAUCAUGUUGUUGAUGUAGAUUGAUGGAUUGGGAUUUUGAAGAAGGGUCCUGGAGAUGUAUUAUUAGUUUUAUUUGGUUUGGUCCUCUGUCCCCGCACUGAACUUACCAGUAAUAUGGCAAUGUCAUCAUCAGUCACCUGCUAACAUAUAGUGGCAUAUGUUGGAUUUGGGCCAUUACUAUGCAGUACAUUUUCAUGUGCCCAUAAUAUUUGUUAAUAUAUUUGAUAAAAUUAAUACUUUUAAAUAUGAAAAAAUCAAUGUUGUUUUUAUCAUAGUAUCACAAUUCUAAAAUUGCAGGUGUUUAUUAAAUUUAUUCUUAUUUCAAAUGAAAUAUUUCAAACUAUAGUUAGUUGGUAUUGGUAAUCUGUUUUUAGUUUAUCUGUCCUUAAUAUCAUCUUCUUUCCCAUUAGUGUUCUGUAAUACCUAGUUAUUGAUUAAUGAUGUCAUCAUCCUAGAAGUGACAUCAUUUUAGUGGAAAAGCAACAGCACAUACAUCAAUAUUAUCAUUGGAUUUUACACAUUCUGAGUUGUUGUUUUUUUACUCUUAACAUUCUUUCUUUUUUACAGAAAUCUAUUAUGGUUGGGUUAGAUUAGGUAUUUCCUUUUAUAAAAAAAAUAUGCAACACAUUUUUUUUGAAAGUUAAAAUUUUAAAGGUACUGCAUUAUAAAAGUCAUCCAGUUAUGGAUGGGAGAGAGUAAAAUGUAAUAUGCAAGAGCUUACAGGCUAUUAUGUUUAUGACAGGCAUUAUCAUCACUAUUGCAUUAGUACAAGAACAGAUACAAGCUGUAAUGAAUUCUUACAGCACCCAUUCAACACUGUUUACUGUGUGUCAGUCAGGUGACUGAGGACCUGAAUGCUUUGUCUUCUCAUAAUGCCUUUUUUCUGAGGUGACCACAACUGAAAACAAGCAACCAGAAGGUUAUUUUGGUUUCGUUGUGGUCAAGAAGCUUUAACCCUAUAUAGAUUGUGGAAGUUUAUUUUUUGGUUUCUGUCCAUCUUUGUCAUAGCUGCCUGUUUUUUUGUUUCAAAUGCUCGUCCAGAAUAACAAGAGGGAUUAACAUGUGCUUUUAAGGGGUUUAAAGAUUGAUCUGUGACUCUGUGGGAUUUUGAUAAGGUAUUUAGUAAGCUGCAGUGUAAAAAGUUUAAAAUUACUUAAAUUAAUUGGUAACACCCAAAAUAUUUAAGUUAAUUCAACUUAAAAUUUCACUUCAAUUGGUAACACCUAAAAAAGUAAGUUUGUUUAACUUAAAAAAAUGUAUAUAGUAAAAUUAAAGUAAUUUUUUAGGUUGAUCCAACUUUUUACACUGUAGCUUGUCUUUGGCUAGAUUGCAGUUGCAAAUUGUAUUUUGGCAGACUUCAACAUACUGUUUUACCAGUUCGAUGAGAACUGAACAUUCAUGUUGUUUUAUGUGUUUAUAUAUAUAUAUAUAAAGGAGGGAAAUUGAAAUAAUUUUUUCUUAGCUGUCCAAUUGUUAUAAUUAUUAUUUUUUACUUUCUAUUAAUUUUCUUUUUUUUUGCAGUGCUGUGUCUUGCAUAGAAUAAAAGAAAAUCGUUUUAUACCGCUCA